GCAAAAAUGCUGCUUGUUCUGAAUCCUACCAACGGCCAGCAGCAAAUAGCUCUCGACGCUCACUACACAAAUUUCUACAUGUAAGCAGUAACAGCAACGUGCGCGCCCGUGACACCACAACGGAAAACAUGAAAUUGGUGCGGAAAAACGUCGACAAAGCAGGCCAAGGGAGCGUCACGCUGGUUCCCGAACAACCGGAGGACAUUUGGCACGCGUACAACCUCAUCGCCGAGGGUGAUCAAGUGCGGAGCAGCACAAUCCGGAAGGUGCAAAAUGAAUCCUCGACGGGAUCGUCCAGCAGCAGUCGCGUCCGGACGACGCUCACGAUCAGCGUGGAAACGAUCGAUUUCGACACACAGGCCCAAAUGUUGCGGCUCAAGGGUCGCAACAUCGAAGAGAAUCAGUUCGUGAAGAUGGGCGCUUACCACACGAUCGAUCUCGAGGUGAAUCGUUCCUUUACGCUGAUGAAACCGGAAUGGGACUCGAUCGCGCUUGAGCGCAUCGAAAUGGCGUGCGAUGUGACGCAGAACGCGGACGUGGCCGCCGUCAUCAUGCAGGACGGGUUGGCGCACAUCUGCCUCAUCACGGCCAGUAUGACGCUCGUCCGCAGCAAGAUCGACGUGGCCAUUCCGCGCAAGCGUAAGGGCAACGUGCAGCAGCACGAGAAGGGGCUCGGCAAGUUCUACGAGGCCGUCAUGCAGGGCAUACUGCGGCACGUGAACUUCGAAGUGGUGAAGUGCAUUCUGAUCGCCUCGCCCGGUUUUGUGAAGGAUCAGUUCUACGAGUACAUGUUUCAACAGGCUGUUAAAACGGACAAUAAGGUGCUGCUAGAAAAUAAAAGCAAAUUUAUGCUGGUACAUUCGUCAUCCGGAUUUAAACAUUCUCUUAAAGAGGUGCUCCAAGAUCCGGGCGUGAUUGUGAAAAUGUCCGACACGAAGGCGGCCGGCGAGGUGAAGGCACUGGAAAACUUCUACACAACGUUGCAGCUCGAACCGGCCAAAGCUUUUUACGGCAAGAAGCACAUCCUGGCGGCUGGCGCGCAGGCCAUCGAAACGUUGCUCAUUUCGGAUAAUCUUUUCAGAUGUCAAGAGGUGGCCACACGCAAGGAGUACGUCCAGCUCGUCGAUUCGGUGCGUGAGUCCGGCGGCGAAGUUAAGAUAUUCUCCAGCAUGCACGUCUCCGGUGAACAACUGGCUCAGCUGACGGGUUUGGCGGCAAUUCUUCGCUUCCCGAUGCCCGAACUCGAGGACAGCGAAGACGACGGUGACGGCGGCAGCGACGGAUCGCACUCGGACUGAAGCAAACCACAAUCAGUGUUGCACCGGAAUGGUUCGGCAUUCCUUUCCAGAUGAUAGGUUGUCCCAUAGGUCUCGUUCUUCGUCCCGAUAAUCAGCUGCAACGAAACAGAUGAUGAUUGCCUUUAUAUCGUUUCUUCUUUAUUUCACUUAAAUUAAUGCAACACACACACAUGCCGCUCUCCUCUGAGGGGGAACACGUUAGGAGUGUUGCAAAGAGCCUCAGGAACGCAGUACGGGCCAACAGGAGGGCCCACGACGUGCAACGGUUGUAUCGCGACCGUAGACUAAAUUUUGUUUUAUCUUAAAACCGCGACGUAAAGAAGAAGCAGGAACGUCGUCAGCAAGUUGUUUGUUAGGUUCGUUGUUGUAGCAAAGGGAUUUUACCACCCGGCAGACGGCAGAUGAUAUUUUAUGCGCAAAGAGAACGGAUUACGCGAACGGAGACAACGAACGGUAACACGUGUGCCUGCCGAUAGGAGACAACAUGGAGGAAAAGCAUGUAAAUACGUAUACCACAGAUCCUCGACCGCAUACACACACACGAUCCUCUGGCGAAGCUCUCUUUCGCUUUGAGACUCCACUCUGGGAGCAAUCCCAAUCGGAACAUUCUCCAGCAUCCGCCCCUCAAAUGGGCGUCCCCAACGGUUCCCAUGCCCUCGGAUGUCCCACGGAGCCCGUUGAACGAUCAGCAUUAGAAAAAUUUGGUGUUCAAUCACGCGUUAAAUGAAACGAAAAUUCCUGACGCACUCACGCCAUCCGUGACAACAUCAGUUUGAAGGGUUGGGGCUUUCAUUAAACGAUUGUUUUAUUUUUCUCCGUAAACGCACUUCGUGCUGUAUGUGUUUUGUUUCUGCAUAAUAAAUAGUCCUUCUUCGUUUA